GACAGGGCCGGGCCGGGACAGUGGCCGGGGAAAGCGGAGGGGCCUGCGCGGCCGCCCGGCCCGGCCGCAAAGCAACCUCUCCCCAGGCUCCCGGGACCAUGGGCCUUGGGCCCUGAAGACGAGGCCCUCCCUGUGGCAAUGACGACAGACGACUGCUGCCACCUCCCCGGCUCCCUGUGCGACUGCUCCGGCAGCCCCGCCCUCACCAAGGUCGUGGAGUCCACGGGCCUCGGGCCGCCCCAGUAUGUGGCGCAGGUGACCUCCAGGGACGGCCGGUUCCUCUCAACUGUCAUCCGAGCCUUGGACACACCGAGCGAUGGCCCCUUCUGCCGGAUCUGCCACGAGGGGGCCAACGGGGAGACCCUGCUGUCACCGUGUGGCUGCGCUGGCACACUGGGCGCUGUGCACAAGAGCUGCCUGGAGAGGUGGCUGUCCUCGUCCAACACCAGCUACUGUGAGCUGUGCCACACAGAGUUUGCGGUGGAGAAGCGGCCCCGGCCCCUCACCGAGUGGCUGAAGGACCCCGGGCCCCGGAAGGAGAAGCGGACGCUGUGCUGCGACAUGGUGUGCUUCCUGUUCAUCACACCGCUGGCGGCCAUCUCAGGCUGGCUGUGCUUGCGUGGAGCCCAAGACCACCUCCGGCUGCACAGCCGGCUGGAGGCUGUGGGGCUCAUCGCCCUCACCAUCGCACUUUUCACCAUCUACGUCCUCUGGACGCUGGUCUCCUUCCGCUACCAUUGCCAGCUGUACUCCGAGUGGAGAAAGACCAAUCAGAAAGUCCACCUGAAGCUCCGUGACACCGCGGGCUUCCAGGGCACCCUGCAUUCCCCGCUGGCAGCUGGACUCCUGAAGAAGGUGGCCGAGGAGACACCUGUAUGACAGGCGGGCGGCAGCCAAGGGCUCUGCAGCAAGAGGCCAGCGGCAGCUGGGGACACCCUGGCGUUGGCAAGGACGGAACCGCCUGCCCAGUCUCACAUGGCCGGAAUGCUUCCUUGGCCCAGAGCUGCCAAGCGGAGCCUCUGCUGGGGUCCUGCGGGACCGCAUGGCCCGCUCUUUGGACAGGCUCGUCUCUACCGAGGACAGAGGGAUGUGGUUACAAGCUUCACGUACAGCGAGCCCCCGUUUCCUCUGGCAGCCGUAGCUGAGGAGCUGGAAAGUUCUAGCAAGCUUCUUGCGCUUUUCUGCCCCUGGCGAAUUUGCUCCCCUGGCGUCCUUGACUUAUAAAGUUGAACCAUCUUCUCCCAAGCGUACCCCGAGUGAAUAAAGGGAGCCCCUGCUCAUCA